AACACCUGGGACUCAUUCCUGUCUCCUGAAGUGGGAAGUGACAGAGCUCACCUCAGGCAGCACAAGAGUGACACACAGAAGGUUAUCCAUUUGCAAGAGACACAAUGGAACCCUCCAAAGAGUAUCUAUUCAACCACAAAGGAUGUUAUUUUGCAGCAAAAGAAACUACACCUGAGUACAUUGAUUCCCUGGAGACAUUUGAAAUCAGAGACAGUGAUGUUUUCUUAGCUACUUUUCCAAAAUCAGGAACUGUGUGGACUCAGAAUAUUUUGAGUUUAGUAAUUUAUGAAGGCCACCGUAAUGGAACGGAGGACGUAGAGAACAUGGACAGAAUCCCAUGGCUGGAAUACAAUAUUAAAAAUAUGGAUUAUGCAGCUCUUCCUGCACCUCGUGUCUUUGCCACUCACCUACCUUACUACUUAACUCCAAGAGACCUGAGAAACAAAAGAGCACGUGUUAUUUAUGUUACCAGGAACCCCAAGGAUGUUGUGGUUUCAUAUUUUCACUUUUCCAAAAUCAUGUACACACUAGAGGAAGUAUCAGAUUUCAACCUUUUCUUAGAGAGAUUUUUAGCUGGCAAAGUCAUGGGUAGUUCGUGGAUGGAUCACGUUACAGGCUGGUACAGCCACGCUCAGGAUUUCAAUAUACUCUUCCUUACCUACGAAGAAAUGAAAAAGGAUCUCAGAAGUGUUGUGCUCAAGAUCUGCAACUUCCUGGGCAAGCAGUUGAGUGAAGAGGAAGUGGAAAGCGUGGUGAGACAGGCUACGUUUGAGAACAUGAAGAAAGAUCCUCGGGCAAACUAUGAGAAAAUGCACUGUUGGAGACUGGAAAAACCUCAUGACAGUAGCACAGAGUGA